GUGCGCGAUGGAGGGACGGUGCUGUGGUGUUGGUGCUGCUGCCGCUCCGGAGGCUUUCUGAAGCAAAAGAUAAGGAGGGCUCGCAGUCUCAGGCCGCGCCGUUCGGAAACAGGAUGGCUGUAAAUUGGAUUGGAAGCCUUGUUUCUAUUAACUGUGGAGAGACACUUGGAGUAUAUCAGGGUAAAAUUUCUGCAGUGGAUCAAGCCAGUCAGACAAUAUCUCUUACGCAGCCAUUCCGCAAUGGAAUGAAAUGUUCAGUUCCUGAGUUAACUUUUAGUGCAAUUGAUAUCAAAGAUUUAAAAAUAUUAGAGCUCCCGAAUUCACAGUUGGCUAUAGGCCUGGCUCAGCCUUCGGUGUUCACAUCUCACAAUGCUUACUCAUCUCAGAAUGGAGCUGGCAAAGGAGUAAAGAAACCCAAUUCUUCGGGAUCUGCUCCACAAGCAAUUCCACGUCGUGCAGAACUCAAGGUUCAGGAUCUGGUCACAUCACCACAGCAGUAUUCUAAAAGCUAUGUGGAUCGUCACAUGGAUUCUGCUCUUACUCCAUCUAAAGUGUUUCGUCGAAGACACAAUUCCUGGUCCUCAAGCAGCAAGAUUCCGAAUCAAGCAACGCCAAAGAAAAACGGAGUAAAGAAUGGACCAAUGAAAAAUAAAGAUGAUGAAUGUUUUGGGGAUGGAAUUGAAGUAAUCCUUGACACAGACUUUGAUUUUGAAGGCAACCUUGCACUCUUUGACAAAGCAGCAGUGUUUGAGGAGAUAGAUACUUUCGAAAGGCGGAAUGGGACACGUUCCAGGGGGACACCCAAUGAGAAACCAACAAGAUAUCGCCAUGAUGAAAACAUCCUGGAAUCUGAGCCCAUUGUCUACAGACAAAUCACAGUGCCACAACAUAGUGGUCGAGAAUAUUGCACUGAUUCAGGAUUGGUUGUUCCUAGUAUUUCUUAUGACUUGCACAAGAGGUUGCUGGCAGCUGCAGAACGGCAUGGCCUAUCAUUGGAACGCAGAUUGGAAAUGACUGGAGUGUGUGCCAGCCAGAUGACACUAACACUUCUUGGUGGUCCUAACAGGUUAAAUCCCAAGAAUGUCCACCAACGACCAACAGUCGCGUUGCUGUGUGGACCACAUGUGAAGGGAGCUCAAGGAAUCAGCUGUGGGCGUCAUCUUGCCAAUCAUGAAGUACAAAUUAUUUUGUUCUUGCCCAACUUUGUGAAGAUGCUGGAGUGUAUCACCACUGAGCUUCAACUUUUUAGCAAGACUGAUGGCAAGCAAGUGGCCAGUGUGAAAGACUUGCCAGACACACCUGUCGACUUGGUGAUCAAUUGCCUUGACUGCCAUGAGAACCCGUAUCUUCGUGAGCAGCCGUGGUACAGAGCAGCUGUUGAAUGGGCCAACCAGAAUCGGGCCCCAGUGCUGAGUAUCGACCCACCUGUGGGUGAAUUGGAACACGUCAUCGACGCCAAGUGGUCUUUAGCGCUCGGCUUGCCUUUACCACUGGGGGAAAGUGCUGGCCGCCUGUAUCUCUGUGAUAUUGGAAUACCAAAGAGUUUUCAGGAGGUGGGAAUCUCCUAUCACUCGCCUUUUGGCUGCAAGUUUGUCAUACCUUUGCACUCAGCUUAAUCAUAGCUCGGUGCAGAAGAAGAGGAACAUACAGACCGUAAAGCAUUUCCGCAACUGGCAGAGAGAAGUGUAUGGCGAAGAGUUAGAAGCCUUAAUGGACAACUGACUUGGGCUUAAAUGACCUAAAUGUUACAGUGAAUUGUUUUUUUUGAUGCAAGGAAAGCAGAGUGUCCUGUUGCGACUUGUGCAAUACCACAUUCCAUUAAGGGAUGGUUGUGCUCAAGGCAGUUACUGCUUUGCAGUUUAGCCAUGUCCCUAUGCAAGUUACUGUGCUUUUAUUGAGAAGGCUAUGCACAGUACUCUUCAUGACAUGUCUAAAUUCUUUAACAGUGUUAGAAAGGGCACCAAUGUAUAACAAGUUUGCUUGUUGAAUGGUCUCACAACCCAUUACUUUUGUGGGAAGAAUUGCCAUCUUAAGCUUGAACAGAUUUAAAAAUUGGUAGGUAUUCAUUAAGGAAGACAAAGAAAUGGUGGUAUUUACAGUCUUCUGUGCACCAUUUCGAGGUAGAAUAUUUUGUUUGUCAAUAACAAACAGGCGAAUGGCUUAAUAUUGUUUAAAAUGCAGCUAACGUGUUUUUGUGGUGGAAUACUGGCUUUUCAUUCUGCACAAAGUAUCAAAAUACAUGUUGUAUUGCUGUCUUUGGAAUGCACAAAUAGCAUUAUCUUGUGUAGUGCAGAUUAGAAAAUGGCUCCAGUGGAAAUGGAAUGUUGGGCGAAUGAAAUGGGUGCAUGAGUCUUUUUCUGACUUAAACUGGAUGGAUGAUUUUCAGCAGUAGUUGCAGUUUCAAUCGUUAUCAGUCAUGGAUGGCCAUUUGGAAUGGAGCCCUGAUAGCACCAGCUCCACUUCUCUAGUGGUUGAAUUUUAAACAUUUCAGAAAUGAAAUGGCUUUCAGCAUAAUGGUCUGGUAUAGUAAGACGGAUCUGAACAAGGAUUUUGAGUGGGGUCCAAGGUACAAAAUGGUCCUCUAAGCCUCGUUGUCAGGUGCCUGUUUAAUGAUCGUACUAUUUUUGACGGAAGGAUGAGGGCUGUGUUUUUGCCAAGUUAAGUAUAUGGUGUUUUUGCACAACUACAUUGGGGGAGGGGACAGCAGGAGAUUGGUUUAGUAGACAUUGUGUAAUAACACAAGUAUUUCCAGCAUCAGGGUUUUAUGGUCAAGUCAAAUAUCCUACAAAUGCAGCUGAUGGGAGGAAGGAGGACAAGCAAACAGAAAGGGUGAGGCUGUUUUCAAUGUUAAGCAGCGCUACAAAAUGUAGAAGACCGUAGAAUAGAGUUCAAACUGUACACAAAAACUAGAGCUAGCAGUAGAAACAGACCUUCAUUGUGCCCCUAAUCUAAUGAAAUAUUUCAAAUAACUUCAAUUUUUUUUGGCAUAGUUAGAGUAGCAGAGAGAAUGGUGUUAUGGAUGGAGAUUUAAAAGGUACACAAAUGGAUUGGGAGUUUUUCUUUCCACUGAAUCUGUGUGCCUGAAGAUAUCUCAUAAGCUUGUGCUGCUUGCAUUCUAGCCAUGUGGUGUUCCAAGUCUGAUGUGUUCAGCAAGUGAAAAGGUAGAUAAUCUUGUUGUUUAUGCUAGCUAUCUUAAUUGCACAUGACCCAGUCAUCGAAAGCACAAUAUCCUGUGUGGAUCAGUUCUUUGUUCCUCACCCCUCAAUAUGUGCACCAGUCACAGUUUUUGCUUGGACAAUCGUAAUAUCUUCUCUCUAAAUUUGGAAGAGAAGUAACUUCUGAGAGUAGCUUCUGAAUGUUUAUGACAAACACUGAACACCAGUCAAACUCAGAAAUGCAACUUGAUUGGCAGAGCCAUCCAUGGCAUUACUUUUUUUCUUUGGAGACAGCAGUGUAGUCUCAGCAUUAAUACUGGUAAGUUUCUUAAUGUGUGUCGAGGGAUUUCUCUGAAAAUGCUACUUUGGAUUUUCCCUUGAGUCAUAGGUAGCAAAAGGGUUGAUAGUGUUGCAUGUAUUAAUAUGUUUAGAAGCUGAUGAAGAUGCUUUGAUUUUGUUAACUUGCUGAACUGUUCCAAAUUUCACUGAAGUCUCUUCAAACAAUUUGCUGUUGGAUGCUAAUGACAGAUCCCCUAUAUAUUAAUAUUCAUCUAAAUCUGUGAGAACCAUUUUCAUAGGUUGGAGGAUCAUGAAUGCCCAUACUAAGUAAUAAUAUUUAGAACCAGGUUAACUAGUUGAAGCACAAGCAUUAGUUACUCUCGUGCUUCCUUCUGCUUUCAGGAGCAAUGGUCAAAGGAUUGGAAGAGUUCAGCAAGCAGCAUUAAAAUGAGCAGUCUCAGAAUUUGUUUACCAAGCUUAUUUUUAAGUGGAUUAGUUACUUCUGGUGGAGAGGGUACCAUGGCAGGCAGAAUGGGAGCUGAAAUAAUAUAACAUAGAACAGCACAUCUUUAAUUUUAAGAUGUUUAGUUUCAAUCUUUGUCAUAGAAUUUAAAGAUUUAAGAUCUUGUUAUUAUCUUUAUCUUUAAGGGGCAAACAGAGACAUGUCGGUAGCUUUGCUCAUGGUGUGGAUGCCAAGAUUAUCACCAGUGCCACGUCCCUUACAACCAGAAGUGCAACAUUUUCAGUGAAGAAUCUGUUUAAAUGUUUGAUAUUAAUUCCUUUCCUUCACCACCCCCCCCCCCCCCCAUUCAGUCAAUGCUACUGCAACAAUAUACCCCUUUCUAAGUCACAAAUUUUCUGACCCUCAUUCAGACUGCUGUUGAGAUAUUGUAGUUGAGCCUCAAGUACAGUAGUGGAGUUUAUUAUUGGUAUAAAAGUUCUGCACAAACUUUAAUUGACAAAGAGAAACGAAUGCUCCUACAAAUGUGUACUUUUGAAGAAACAUUGACUUUUGAUACAUAAACUGGAAAAAAAAGCUGUGAAGAUCUGUGCUUGAAGGCCUUCAAUAGCACCUUGGCAUUCCUCCUGGAAAAAGUCAGGAUCAAAUACUGUCAUCAGUACUGGAUGUGUACUUCCAGUGAAGCAAAUGCAUAAUUACGUUGGGAUGGAGCUUUUGUGUUUGAGAACUUUUUUGAUUUUAAGUCUGGUUAGCAGCUGUCCUUAACAAAUCUGCCCUAUUUUUAAGUGGUUUAAAAAAAGUUAUCACAUUACUUGGCUUAAUUUUCUUUAUAUAGCUUACUUUAUACCAAUGCCUAUGAAAAUUCUCUGCACCACAACUAUUGGUAUUAGCAAGCUGGUGUAGUAGUGGAGUGCCAAUUUCAGUUCAAAAGGAAGCCAGAUUCGUGGAUAAGCGGCUUCAAAAAUGACUGCAAUGAUGUGAAUGCCUCAAUGUGCUUAGCUGCUUGUUCAGUGGUGAGCAGUAUCUAAAUAUCCUGGUGUUUUUUUGGGAAAAUGUGACAUUCUCCAAAAUAUACUACCAUGUACUUCAGUUAAAACAGACCAGUCUGAAGUUGCAACCAUCAUC